UCCCGAGUCUGCUCAGUCCAGCCACCCAGCGUCUAGCCUGGUUCUCACACCGUCUCACACACCCAGACUCACGUGGUCCUCCAGAAUGUCCGUUCAAGCCCGAGUUGUGCUGGCCGUCGCCCUCGUCCUCGUCGUCCUGGCCGUGUUCACCGAGCCCGUGGCCGCCGGCUACAGGAAACCCCCCUUCAAUGGAUCCAUCUUCGGCAAGCGCUCCGGUGGAGAUGCUGUCUACGAACCCAGCAAGGCCCUUGCCUCUGCCUGCCAGAUCGCUGUUGAGGCCUGCUCUGGCUGGUUCCCCGGACCCGAAAAGAAGUGAAUCACUUAUAAUGAAUAAGGCGAGUUACCCCUACGCCGCAGAUACACGACCCACGUUUUCUCUGACCUUUUGACCUGAGCGGCGGAUGUAAACAAUUAUAGAAAUCCUCGACAAGUCUCCGUGUUUUCCAUCAUUUGGUGUAUUGCAGAAGAAAACAAAUAAUAUAUUAAUAUGGAUGUAAAUCAAUAGCCAACUCAUGUUUAUAUUCGCCGUACAUAUUUAUCCUCCAUUACCAACUGAUUAUUUAAUUCUCUUUAUACGGGAAAACGCAGCCAUCACAUAGACUAUGUCGACAUGCUCACUCUGGGGCUUUGUUUACUUUUAGAUGUUGGGCCCCUCAGUAAGGAUAAUGUCAAUGACAGUUUCCCCAGAUACAACAAAGUUCCCAAAAUCUAUUACAAAAUAAAAUAAUCCAACCUCUGCCCCUCUCCUUACAUUACCAUUGUCAGAGAAUAAAUGUAUUUGUUGUAAGAAUAUGUGGAUAAUUUUGUGAUUAGAUAUUAGAUAAAUUGAUGAAUGUAACAACGUUGACUCGUAAAUAAACGUGGAAUACUGCCUACGAAAUUCAAUAAACUACUAUCGAGCUAAUCCCAAA